CAUCCUUGGAAUCCUGGGGCAGGACCCUUCCAGCUCCAGGCAGCAGCAGUUGCCCUAAACCAGCAGCUCCUUUGGACUGUUGGAGGAUGAGGAAUUAGAUUUUCAGGUCUCCCUGCUCCACCAAGAUCUCCGGGAGGGGAAAGGCUGGGAGUGUUCGUGUCACUAUGAGCAAAGAGAGAACCCCCUUAUUCUGUAGGAUGAAGGAUUACAGGCUCCUGCAGAAUGCCUCAGGAAGCAUCGGGGAUGAAAAGGAUGUCCAGGGCUUGACCUUAGAAAUAACCAAAGACGUGGAGUCUUUUAGAAAUUCCAGCUUGGUCACAGGAGCAAGAGUGAGCAUCAGUCACAGCCCAGGAAGGCUCACAGAAUGGAAAAAAGAACAGAACGCGCUGGGGGCGAUGGAGCGGUUUGAUAAACGGGACGCGUCAGCGAUGCUCACGUGGGAGUCGGCCCUGGACAGAGAGCAGACUUCCAGGCAGGCCCUCCCGGAGGCCGCUGCGGUCGCUCUGGCCUGUAAAAUGAAAGCCAAAGAGAAGUACCAAUCCGACCUGUGGUUAGAAAUCGAACACCUGACUAAGGGUAUAGUGCAACAAGACUCAAGCUCAUCUUCCUCGGCAGGCUUUAGUACAACCAGCAAUGCUGUGGUUCCAUCUGAGACUGAUGCGAUUGAGAACAUGUUUGAACAGAAUUUAAAGAUCAAGUUUUACAUCAGUUCCAGGUCCACAUCUCCGUCCUCACCCAGUGGAGACGAAGCUGACCUAGUUAAGGUUAUAGAUUCUGCUCAUCUCCCAGUUCACACACCAACAAUAAAGAGAAAGGAAUAUCAUAGUAGAAUCCCAUUUCCAACUAAGAAUAAGACUCACCAGUUUUUCCUCAUGUCCUUUACUGCCCCCACAAAGUGUCACCAGUGCACGUCUCUGAUGGUGGGUUUGAUAAGACAAGGCUGCGUCUGCGACGCCUGUGGGUUCUCAUGUCACACAACCUGUGUAGAAAAAGCUCCAAGAGCUUGUCCAGUGCCUUUUCAGCAGAAGAAAGGCGCCCUCUGUCUAGACUUACAGAAAGGCAUGGGAACAGCCUAUGAAGGCCACGUCUGGAUCCCAAAAAAAACAGGAGUGGAAAAAGGAUGGCAGAGAGCACUGGCUAUAGCUUGUGACUUCAAACUCUUCCUGUAUGACAUGGAUGAAGAAAAAGACUCAAAACCCAACGUUGUAGUGAGUCAGUCGAUCGACAUGAGGGACAGAGCAUUUUCUGUCAGUCCCGUCUGGUCCUCUGAUUUUAUUCCGGGAAAGAAAAAGGAAAUGCUCCGUAUGUUUAAAGUCACAGCUUCCCAGCUCUCAGCACCUAGUAACAGAUAUUCAAUUCCAAUAUUAGCGGAUAGCGAGAAUGAGAGGAGUGAGUGGGUGCGAGUGCUGAGCGAAUUGCACAAGAUACUGAGGAAACGUCAUUCCGGGGACCGCUCUGUCUACAUUCUGAAAGAGGCUUGUGAUAGCAGUCUACCCCUGAUCAAAACCACCCAGACAGCGACAAUCAUAGAUCACAAAAGAAUCGCUCUGGGAAAUGAAGAAGGGUUGUUCGUUGUGCACGUUACCAUAGAUGAAAUUAUCCGAGUUGGUGACAUGAAGCAUAUUCAUCAGAUUGAGCUCAUCCCUCAUGGCCAGAUGGUUGCAGUGAUCUCAGGGAGACGUCACCAUGUGCAGCUGUUUCCUAUGUCAGCUUUGGAUGGACGAAAGACUGAUGUUCACAAGCUGGUAGAAACCAAAGGGUGCCAGACCAUGACUUCUGGAACAGUGUGCCAAGGGGCCCAUACAUGCCUCUGUGUAGCUCGGAAAAGCCAUGUCUUCUGUUAUGAGCUGUUUCAAAGCAAGAAAAUUUCUCACAGAAAAUUUAAAGAGCUCCAAACGCCAACCAAUGUCCAGUGGAUGGCCAUCUUCGGUGAACAGCUUUGUAUAGGAUUCCAGUCAGGAUUCCUGAGAUAUCCUUUGAAGAGAGAAGGAAUCCCAUACAGGAUGCUCCACUCGCACGACCCUACACUGUCGUUUAUUGCACGUCAACCAGUGGAUGCUCUCUGUGCAAUUGAGAUCUCCAGUAUUGAAUAUCUGUUAUGUUUUAAGAGCAUUGGAAUUUACACUGACAGCAGGGGCCUCAGAUCCAGGCCAGCUGAACUGAUGUGGCCAGCAACUCCAACGUACUGCCGUUACAAUGCCCCAUAUCUCUCAGUGUACAGUGAAAAUGCAGUGGACAUCUUUGACGUGAACUCCACGGAAUGGAUCCAGACCGUCCCCCUCAAGAAGGUUCGACCCUUGAAUAGUGAAGGAUCCCUAAAUAUUUUACAUUUGGAGACAAUUAGAUUAAUAUAUUUCAAAAAUAAGAUGACAAAUGGAGAUGAACUUGUAUUUCCCGAAUCAGAUGAUCAUCAGAAGCAAGCAAGUGUUCCCAUGCCUCGACAGCAAGCGGCGUUAUUCCUUCCGCGUUCCAAGGGGAAAGGGCUGCCGCCGAAGGCGCUGUGACCCCCAACCGGUCACAGGGGACCGGGAGGACCACUCGAGGACCACGUGAUAUUUGAUGUAAUAUGGAAGAAAAAGAAAUAAAUCUCUGAAACUCA